GAGGCCCAUUUGUUCACGUGUAGAUUCGUCUUUGUAACCUUGUAGGUAAAUUCCAAACGAGCAACCUUUUCACCGGAUAGAGUGGCCGGCAACCCCUCCUCUGCGAGCUGUAGAUAAAUCUGACCGGAUACGCAAAGAGAACCUCAUCUAAAUACUGCAACGAGGUUCACCUUUCUGUUUCAUUGAAGACCUCUUUUCAAUCUAUCUCAUCUAGUUCCAACCAUGCCAGGAGAAGUCAUCGAUCAACCUAAUCCUCCACCUUUGCCUUCCAAUUUGCCGGACGAGUUGCUGUCUUUGUCUGUAAAGCUUGACAAGUCAAUCAUCGCAGCAUCCACCAAAGAUGGACUUGAGACGUUCUGGAGGGCCGCCAACUACAUCGCGGCCGCAAUGAUUUUCCUCAAGGACAAUGUCCUUCUCGAACGAGACUUGAAGUUUGAAGACAUCAAGCCUCGACUCUUGGGUCAUUGGGGAACUUGUCCUGGAUUAAACCUGGUCUACGCUCACCUCAAUCUUCUUGUUACCAAACAUGAUCUGGACGUACUCUAUGUCGUUGGACCUGGCCAUGGUGCUCCUGCUAUACUUGCUUCACUCUGGCUGGAGGGCUCCUUGGAACGAUUUUAUCCUCAAUAUACCCGAAACAAAGAGGGUCUGCAUAAUCUCAUUACCAGAUUCAGUACUCCGAAAGGCUUUCCUAGCCAUAUUAAUGCUGAGACUCCAGGCUCAAUUCAUGAAGGCGGAGAACUCGGUUAUGCUUUGGCUGUCUCAUUCGGCGCUGUCAUGGACAAGCCAGAUCUCAUUGUGGCUUGUGUUGUAGGGGACGGAGAGGCUGAAACAGGGCCUACAGCGACCGCUUGGCACGGCUAUAAGUAUAUCGAUCCGAAGGAGUCCGGUGCCGUCAUCCCAAUCGUUCACGUCAAUGGCUUCAAAAUUAGUGAGCGAACCUUGUAUGGUUGCAUGGACGAUAAGGAACUCGUAGCUCUUUUCUCCGGCUAUGGCUAUCAGUGUCGGUUUGUCGAGUCUCUCGAGGACAUCCAUUCUGAUAUGAGCGGAUCCCUCGAAUGGGCUGUGGCAGAGAUCAAGAAGAUUCAGAGCGCUGCUCGUUCUGGGAAGCCAAUCACCAAACCCAGGUGGCCGGUCUUGAUUCUCAGAACUCCCAAGGGCUGGAGCGGGCCGAAGAAAGUUCAUGGAGAAUACAUUGAGGGUUCUUUCCAUGCUCAUCAGGUGCCGUUGCCAGCAGCAAUGAGCGACAAGGAAGAGCUAAAAGACCUGCAAGUAUGGUUGGAAUCUUACAAACCAAAGGAACUCUUCACCAAGGAUGGCAAUGCUGUAGACUCUAUCCUCAGCAUCAUUCCGACCAAUCAGGAUAAGAAGCUCGGACAACGGAAGGAGGCUUUUGACGCUUAUACUCCUAUCAAGGUGCCGGACUGGCAGAAAUUUGGGGUGAAAAAGGGCAGCCAGGAAAGCAGCAUGAAGUGUAUCGGAGUGCUUCUCGAUCAGAUUCUCGUAGAUAAUCCACAUACGACACGGAUCUUUUCGCCUGAUGAACUCGUUAGUAAUAAGCUUGAUACCGUAUUUACACAUACAGGCAGGAAUUUCCAGUGGGAUCAGUAUUCGUCGGCUCAAGGCGGUCGUGUUAUUGAGAUCCUUUCAGAGCACACAUGCCAGGGCUUCCUGCAGGGCUACACCUUGACUGGCCGAGUCGGACUAUUUCCUUCUUACGAAAGCUUUUUGGGAAUCAUCCAUACCAUGAUGGUUCAGUACAGUAAAUUCGUCAAAAUGGCCCGAGAAACAACGUGGAGGAAGGCCGUCGGGAGUAUUAAUUAUAUUGAGACCAGUACCUGGACGCGGCAAGAACACAACGGGUUUUCACACCAAAACCCAUCCUUCAUUGGUGCGGUGCUCAAUCUCAAGCCAGAUGCUGCAAGAGUCUAUCUUCCGCCCGACGCGAACUGCUUCUUGUCCACCUUAGCUCACUGCUUCAGAUCACAGGAGUAUGUGAACUUGAUGGUCGGCUCAAAGCAACCUCAACCUGUCUUUCUCUCCCCAGAGGAAGCAGAUGCUCAUUGUCGAGCCGGAGGCUCUGUCUGGAAAUUUGCGAGUACCGAAGACGGAGUCGACCCAGAUGUUGUCCUCGUCGGUAUUGGGGCAGAGUUAACUUUUGAGGUCAUUGCAGCAGCGGCGUAUCUUCGAAGGCUGGUUCCGUACCUUCGUGUCCGGGUUGUUAACGUCACGGAUUUGAUGAUCCUUGGAUUGGAAGGCUCUCAUCCCCACUCAUUGGACCAUGAAGAGUUUGAUGCGCUUUUCACACCUGACCGACCCAUCCAUUUCAACUAUCAUGGCUAUUCGAAUGAACUGAAGGGCUUGCUAUUCGGUAGACCGAAAUUGGACCGGAUCAAGAUUGAAGGCUACCGUGAGGAAGGCACCACAACUACCCCGUUUGACAUGCUUCUCCGAAACCAUGUUAGCAGAUAUCACGUUGCCGAAUCGGCCGUCCGAGGAGCUGCCUUCAAAAAUGAGAAGGUCGGUGUCGAGCUCUCCAAGCUGUCAGCGCACAUUGGGCAUGAUAUCAAGAAAGCACAAGAGUAUAUCCUGGAGCAUGGAAAAGAUCCUGAAGGCACCUAUGAUACGCCAAAAUUUUAAUAAGAAGAGGGGUGCAAAGAAUCACUCUUAAUUUGAUCGGCUCGAGGCUGAAAGACGUACGAUAUAUUUUCGACGAGCGCGACAAUCGUGCGGCAUGGAAAAUUCCGAGGCUGAAAUUCAGAAACACUAAUUUUCUUCCCACUGUCGAUGACUUAUGACGUCAAGUGAGCGAUGUCUGGGAAUAUUUAUCAAUUUAAUUAAAUAUAUAUUGAUGAUGGUUAUUUUUGCGGCCUCCCAGUUCCGUAUAGGGUGUUGGAAAUGUCAAAACUGGAAUCGUGGAUUUUUCGUUGAAAGUAUUCUUGAAUCGUGUUGAAAUUUAAUACAUGGUUUAAGACCAAGUUAUAUGACAGCGCUACAACUACGGGCUAUAGCAGCUUAUUCACAAAAAUUGGCACCU